GGACGGCAGCUCCAGUGGGGCAAGCAGGGGUCGUUCCGGCGACUUCGGCUGGAGUCGUCACGGGCACCCUCGGAGGACAUGGAAGCGGAUGGCCUUUUCUUCCAUGAGGCGGUGACGUCGGGCCGGCUACGGCUGCCGUGCGCCACCACGCCGGCGGAGGAUGAACAGGGGCGACCGGCGCCCAAGCGUGUCCGGCAGAAACUGCCCGAGCCGGCCAAGGCGAGAUGGGCGGCCGAUGGCCGACGCUUUGCCCCCUGGCACUACAUCGAGGAGGCGAUGAUGCACGAUGCCGCCGGCCGGUUGCACAUCAUCCCACCGGCGGCCAAGGAGAAGCUGCACAUGCUGCCCCCCGGCUACACGGCGGCCGACUUCCUCGACGACCGGGCGGCACCGGCCCCGGAGCCCAGACGGUCCACGAUGCAGUGGAUGGUCGAACAGUUUGGCGGCGGCCCGGUGCCCAUGGAGCCGCCGCCACGCCUGCGGCCGGACCUGGAACUGCCCGACGACGACCCGGACAUGCACUGGCGCCUGGCGGGUCAACUGGUACACUGCACCGUGGCACGACGGCCGAAUUUGGAGCCGGCGCUCGAACGGGUGCUGGAGCUGUGGACGCAUUGCCGCCAUGAGGUCGCCCGGCUGCGUCGGGAGGUGCUGGUCGAGCUGGCGCAGCUGGUCCUGGACAUGCAGGAAACCACGGAGGAGUGGUUGGCGUCACGGUCGGCGCCCGUCAGGUCCACCUACACGGUGCCCGGCAAGGCCCGGCACACGCAGAUCCCCGUCGUGCUGAAUCUCCUUGAGAUGGUCGGUUACCCGGACGUGGCGGGCAUGACGGCGGACCUCACGGACGGCUUUGACAUGCUGGGCGAGCUCCGGCGUGGACCUGGCUGGAAGUCGCGGACAGACGGCCGCUACUCCAACCCGGCGUCGCUCGACACCUUGGCGUCGGUGAACUGGAGCUACGUCAAGGACCGCACGUCGAGGCCCAGGACUGGCGAGUACACUGAGAAACUCCUGGUGGAACUGGUGGACGAGACUCGACUCGGUCGUGUCGUUGGGCCCACCCGGCCCCCGGCGGGCUGGAACAUUUCGACUGUCCCGUUGGUCAAC